AUGGUUGACACUGAUUCCUCAUAUGGGAGGAGACUUAUUCCCCAGAUUCUCGAUCGCCUGGCGGUGGCGGAUCCAGAACGCAUUGUCUACUCCAUUGCCAGCUUUUCUGAUGGUGUCCCAACGUUUCAGCAUAUCACUGCACAUGCCUUUGCACGGGCCGUUGACAAAACAGCAUGGUGGCUCCAUAAACAUGUCAAUGAAAUGAAUGGAGCUCUCAGUGGUGAUCUGACACAGGAGUAUGCUGUAACCCAGAAGUCGCCAAAGAUCCAAGCCUUGGGUUAUAUCGGACCUCCUCACACACAUUCAGAUGAUAUUCGGCAUGUGCUCUUGACCUAUGGUGCUGUCAAAGCUGAGUGUGCUGCACUCUUCCUCUCGCCAAAGAACAACAUUACUGGUGCGUUGGCUGUUCUCAAUGCUUCAGAUUGUAGUAUUUGGGUGAAGCCCCGCGAGCAGGCAAUACUCCCCCUCGUGGAAGGAAUUUUACAGAAGAGGUAUAUGAGACUUCUCGAACUCCCAAGUAUGGAUGAGCUUCUGGACGCCGAGUCAACGGAGCCAUUCGUGUUUGAUAAGUCUUUCGAGGGUGCUAUCAACGAGCCAUUCUGCAUAUUGCAUACUUCUGGAACCACUGGAGUACCGAAGCCAAUCUUCUGGACCCACGGCUUGAUCGGUACGAUGGAUGCCGUGAGACUUCUUCCUCCCACUGAGGGUGAUGGCGGGUUGCCUCCUUGGACGGACAAUUGGAAUGAGGGGGACAGGAUCUACUCUUCUUUUCCAAUGAGUCAUGGCGCCGGUGUAAUCAUGGAUAUUCUUAUGCCUUCCUUGUUCAACCUUCAUUGUAUCCUGGGUCCUCCAGGUGUCUUGCCCAAUCUCGGAUUGGUCGAGUCACUCGCUGAUCACGCCAACAUUGACAUCUGGAGUAUGGUGCCUUCACUUGUGGAUGAACUAGGCGAGAAUCCAGAGGUGUUGGCCAAGUUCAAAUCGGCCAAGUUCAUUUGUGCUUCUGGUGGUCCCGUCAGCCCCGCCAUUGUCUCCAAGGUCAAUGAAAUAGUUAGGGUACUCAACCUCACAGGCACAACGGAAGGACUCUUCAUCGGCAAUCUUUGGGUCCCAAGAGAAGACUGGCACUGGUUUGCCUUUCAUCCCUACUCAGGAUUUGAGUUCAAAGAGGUGCAGCCUGGUGUAUAUGAACACUGGGUUCACCGCAACGAGCACUGUGCUUUAUUUCAGGGCAUAUUCUAUACGUUCCCUGAUCAGGACUCAGUCAAUCUCAAGGAUCUGUACAUCAGACACCCGACGAAGCCUAACCUCUGGGCCUUCAGUGGCAGAAGUGACGAUGUCGUUGUCCUUUCCAACGGUUACAAGAUCUCUCCCUUGGACACAGAGGCCUUGGUCACGACACAUCCUGCAGUCGAAGGCUGUCUUAUGAUCGGCACCGGGAAGCCUCAAGCCGGUCUUCUGAUUGAGCUCAAGGACUCUUCUGAGAGAAACAACGAGUUGUUCGAUAGCAUCUGGGCCAUAGUUGAGAGGGCAAACAACUCCACCUUCCAGAAAACUCGACUACAAAGAGAGUAUAUAGCCUUCUCGGAGGCAGACAGGCCGUUCAUCCGGACGGACAAGCGGACCAUCAAACGCCGCGCCACUCUAGAUCUGUAUGCAGACUUUAUCGAGCGCUUCUACAUCUCCCGAGAUGAAGAAGCCGAGGAUGAGGAUUUUGAGGCAUUCUCGAUCGACACUACAUCGAUUGACACCGUGAGGGACUCGGUUUCUCAUGUUAUGCGGUCUGUAUUACCCGAGGUUGAUGAAUUCCCGCCAGACGAGGAUGUCUUCGACCUUGGCCUAGACUCUCUUCUCGUUUUUCGAGUCAUCAGAAUUAUUCGUGCUGUUACAGGGCUUGAGGAAAGGCUAGCCCCCCGUCAUCUAUAUGCCCAUCCAACAAUACAGGAAUUUUCUGUCCAACUUCUCAAGAUAAUGGAAGAGGAAAAGACCAAGAAGAUUGCGGCGGAUUCAGCAAGUGACACGGAGACAAAUACAAGGACAGAAACACCAUGUUCGGACAUCGAGUCGGAAAAGAUGAAGAAGCUUGUAGCUGAUCGCAAGCGGCGUCUGGGAUCCAAGAUGAACCCGUUCGAUGCUGUUAACCCCAAUCACUACAUGGGGCUCAACUUCUACUUCGCUCUUCGGCCAGGUGUCAGCUUUGAGGAAGCCUUUGCCAAGUUACAAGCCGGACUUGUUCGCGCAUUUGAGGUCAUUCCUGAGCUCGAUGGGAAGAUGAUGCUUGCUUCGGAUCACGAGUUUGGCUACAAGAAAGGCGAAUAUCGAAUUACAAUUCCUCCUCGCCCAUUACCAGCCUCUUCUAAGCCCAGACAGUUGGUGUACAAAGACCUCUCCCAAGUCCUUCCAUCAUUUCAGGAGAUGCGUCAAGCGGGUUUCUCGCCGUCUUUGUUCAGCGAUGACCUUGUCCUGGAUUGCCCGCCUUUCCCUCCAAUGCCAGCGGAUAUACUUGUUGUACAGGUCAAUUUCGUGGAGGGAGGCUGUAUUCUGGCCACCAACUUCAUUCAUACAUGCCUUGAUGCUGUUGGCGUCAUGGUGGCAAUCAGAGUCUGGGCUGAGUGCUGUCGGUAUCUUGAUGGGGAUGAGACCGCAACAUGUGACUGGUUCGACCCCGAGAGCUUCAAUCACGAUUUGCCUGAGAUUAUUUGGGAGCAGGAGGGAUAUGCGAAGCCGGCUGAUGAGGUUGAUCCCGGUACUUGGGGCUUUCUUCCAUUUACACCCGAGAUAAGCCUUAACCUGCGCAAUGGAACAGCUUCUCACGACGAGAUCAUGCCUACUGAAAAGUCUCGUGCUACGCAGAAAUCUCUUCCUCCGGCCCCUGUGUUCCCCGGAAGUUCGGUAUGGCCCGCUGCUCCAAGCGAGCGAUCGUUGAACACUACGGUCUUCCUUCUUUCGGGGGAGAGUAUCCAUAGACUCAAGCAAGAAGCUCUCACGGACCCAGAAGCCAAGAGUCUUUCUGUAUCGGUGAUUGAUGUUGUGCAAGCCUUUUUCUGGCGAGCAUCGAUCAGAUCUAGAUACAGAGUGGCCAAGGAGAUCAGACACCAGACGUUUCAGCCUGACGAGCUGUCCAUUCUGGAAAUGCCAAUUGACGGUCGGCCUUACUUCUCAUCACUGUUACCGUCGUCCUACAUGGGCAGUUUGCUCAUUAUGAACCGUCCAGUCAUGCCGAUUGAAACACUCUGCUCUCCCGAAACCAGCAUCGCACAAACUGCGCGUGUGAUCCGAGAAGCAGCUACACGAAUCACACCGUCGGUAGUCCAUGACACAUUUACUCUGCUACGUUCUAUGACGGACUAUAGCAAGCCUGCAACAGCAAACAUGGGUCUCGAGCACAUGAACGCCAUGAUCUCCAACAUGAUGCUGUUCCAGACAAGCGACAUCUCAUUUGCUGACUCAUUCUUUGAGGGGGGUAGUCCGGAAGCAAUGCGGCCACAGAUUGAACGUGGCCACAGACGAUUCCGGUUCUUGGUCAUCUCUCCAACGAGAAAGGAUGGUGGCGUGGAGCUCGUGCUCGGAACCUUGCCGGAGGAAUUAAAUAUGCUCAUGAGAGAUGAGGAGUUCACUAAGUAUGCAGUGCUGUUGGAUCAUAAGCGAGCUUAAGCUCUAGGUUGG